AUGGCCAAAAGUGUUCGGUCUAGCGUGCGGAAGCGCAACAGCACCAAACUUCGCAGCACCGUCUUCGGGCCUGCAGCAGAUGCGCGAACAGCAAGACUGUCUGCCAAGUUGCAGGAGUUGGCUUCCCAACCACGGCCAGAGAAUAAGAAUACGAAGAAUGCCAAUGUUGAGAUGGAUACUUCCGGUACAGAAUGCGAUACUGCCGUGAAUACAAAAGAUUCCCACACAGACGGAAGUAUGGAUAUAGACAAAGAUGCGGCCUCUACUGUCACAUCUGUGGCCAAAUCCGGCCGAUCGAACCGUAUUAAAAAGCGUUGUUCCCGGUUUCUUAAUCGAGACGAUACAUCAAUGCCAGACGAUACUGUCGGAACGUGGUGGCUAAGUGAUGCUGGUUUUGACGCACCAUCCUCAUCUUUGAAGAGCGUUCAGGCCAAGUCUACUACUAAGUAG